AUGCUAAGUUGGACGUAUACGGGUGUAAAUACAAGUAUCGAGGGGGCAGGUGGUCAGAGUUGUAUUAAUUAUAUUACAACAAAAAGAAGGUUCUUCGAAUCUGCAUGUGUCUGCAUAACAUUCUUAUACACUCUCUAUUGGUCGUAUUUAAAAUUUAGUGUUGGAAAUCCUCGUCAUUCUAAUGAACAAACAAAGCUCAGACAGAUACUUCUUGUAUUGCACACGUUUGUAUUCGGGAUUGAAAUAGGCUUCAAGCUAGCCACUAGCACACUUAUUUGGAUAUUAAAUCCGUGUCACAUUAUAACCAUACUACAGAUAUUAUUUUUGGCUUCAUCGUCAUCUUGGCUUACAACUUUUAUUUUUCGAAUCCACUUACAUAUGAUGAAUGGUCCUUUGUUAGCGUUAACUUUCCCAAUAUUGAACACUCGUUCCCUGCCAUUCGAACAUGUGACCUACUUCGUGCAACAUAUUCUGAUUAUUUUAAUUCCUGCUAGCUUUUUGAAUCAGAGUAGUGAAUUUUCAGUUGAACCAAUUGAUGAUUUUUCAUGGGUGAUAUUUUCUUUAAGUAUACAGGUUCUGUAUCAUUUCUUAGUCCUACAACCCAUUGCUUUGAUGACAGGAAUAAAUCUUAACAAUAUUCUGUGCCCAGCUAUAAGCGACCCAUUCCCUGGCCCAAAUUAUCGUUUAUGGGCAGUCUUUCACCAGUCUGUUAUAAUAUUAGUUCUGGGAAAGAUUUUACUUUGUUUUUGCUUCGAUUAAAUACACGAAAGGUGCCUUGGUUAUGUCUGAAUUCCAAUAAACAUGAUCAGAAAUCUGUUAUAGAAAGAGUAUUUGAAUCUAGUUCAUCAAAUAUAUCAGGUGGCAAAAUCACCUCAUCUUGGUAUUGGCCUGAUCUAUUCCGAUAUCACACAUAUCUUGAAACUGAUGGCAAAAACGAUGAAGUUGUAAGCAUAUCCGAUAAUAAGGAUUAUUAGAAGCUGUCACCUGAAUCGGUUAUUAUCUCUAUGAACUCACCAAAAGUAAAGAAUCUCCAUAUUUAUUUUGUUAUGCACUAAAUACCUCGUUUUCUCUUUUUCCAGUUCUUUCUUGCACAUAAUGAUUUCCCUUUUGAUUAUUAACUAAAUAUAUAUUCCAUUUUUG